UUGGUCACAUGAUCAGGCCAAAAUGUCGGCCGACCUGUCGUUCGGGUCUGUGCCGCCCUAUUAUCGUGAAGUUUACGAAAUAUUGUGUCCGCAUGGGGAACAAGUGAACGAGGAUUUGUUUGUGCAACUUUUGUUAAAAUCCAAUUUGCCAAGACAGACAAUUUCACAGAUAUGGGAUAUAGUGGACAAUAAGCAGGGAUCAGUGUCUAGAACUGGAUUAUACAAGGCCCUAGCUUUAACAGCAUUGGCCCAACAAGGGAAAUCAGUCAACGAAAAACUCCUAGAAACAUUCUCAGGGCAAGAGCUUCCCAAACCAGGUUUAGGAGACCUGGGAGAUCUGCGAGCUACCAGUGUAAAGAUGAGGCGGUCCAAAACGCCAACCGUGCUAGGAUUUACAUUCCGAGAGUUGUGCGAGUUAGAUACAGUGAAAGUAGAGCUUGUUCCAGAGAAAAAAGGCCUCAUUUUAAAACAUGUUGAAUAUGAAGUGACUAGUCAGAAUUGUAAGGCGACCGUCCUCAGAAGAUACAACGACUUUGUGUCCUUUUAUGAGUUAUUGAUGACUCGAUUCCCAUACAGAAUGAUUCCUAGUCUUCCACCCAAGAAAAUGAUGGGAGCCAGCAGAGAGUUUAUUGAACAAAGAAGGAAAUCCCUGAGAAGAUUCCUGAACUUGAUUGCGCGGCAUCCACAGAUUUAUGACGAUAAAUUAGUCCUGUUCUUUUUUACUUUUAAUGGAUCGGAUAUGCAACAUAAGAUAAAAGAGGCCUUCCGAGGGAUACCCGAUGAAUUCAUGACCAGUAAUUUAGCUAGUCAGGCAAAGGACCUGGUUCCCAUGGAUACACAGAUGCAGCUUGGCAACAGUAAAGAACAUAUUCGUAUACUGAGUAGUAGUGUUUCCAAGCUAAAGGACAUCGCGGAGAGGAUGGUGAUGAGGGCGACUAGCUAUGCUUGUGAUAUGUUACAGUUUGGCCAGGAACUAAGUUCCCUGAGUAAUGACUCAACUUCCGUGACGACAUGGGCUACAGGAUCAAAUGACUCAUGGGAAAGUUUAAAGAAGGGUUUUAAACACCUUUCUGUGGAGUAUGCUAGUCUGGGAGACAAGGCUUCUCAAGAGGCUGCAGAUGAAGCAGAGAAAGUAGUAGAAAAAUUAGCACUAUUUCAGGAUUUACUUUUGUCAUACAAGGAAUUGUGUGACAGGCAUGAAAAAGGUGUCCUCCAUGAUCAUCAAAGGGCAAUCCAAAAAAUGGGUCAGUACAAGAAAAAGAAGAUGUCUGCUACUGUUGGAACAUCGGAGGUGGGAGCAGUAGAACAGCUGGAACAGAAAAUAUUACAGCAAGAAAGUCAAAUUGCCAACAUGGAAAAUAGGAAUUACUACAGCUUACACUGCCUACAGAUGGAAACUCAGUUAAUUUAUGCAAAUGUUGAAAUUCUAUAUGACGUCCUUGGAGGGAUGGCCGAAACACAGGCAAAAUCACAUACAGGAGCUCAGCAGAGUGUGGAAUGAAAUUCGACCAAUCAUAGAGAAUGUAAUAGGCAAAGAAAUUUCCUCAAGGACUUCACCAGUUGGUUCCCCUCUAAACAACAACCAUGCUGGCAUCACCUUAUGAAAACAAGCAAUACUUGUGUGAAUGUUUUCUAGACUGUAACAAAUUGUUAGUGGGAAGUGUAUAUCCAGUCUGGCAAUAGGAGUGUACUAGGUCCCCUUAACUCCCAAGGUUACCCAAAAAAUGUCACCCAGGGUUGGUGACCUUGGAUUCUGUGUUCAAAUCCCUCCUCAUAACUACCAUCAACAGGAUAACAAUGCGACAAAGAGAUGGUGUUUGAGUCCUUUGUCUCAGCGUGAUCACUACAGAUCGCUGAUGUCCUGUUCUCAUACUGCUUAAAUAAUGAUGAAUUCUAUCCCACCUAAAGCUUGUGUAGCUUCAGAAAAUAAGAUUAAGAUGUUGAAAUUCACAUCACAGAUGAUGACUAGUGAAGCUCACAUAAUGCCAUAGUAAAUUACACUUUGUCACUCCUUGUCGAACUCUUGACAUCACAGACUGUGACUAGUCAGGCCAAUUGUCUACCUUAUUAAUUUACACUCUGUCACUCCUGGUGGACUGUGACAUCACAGACUGUGACUAGUCAGGCCAACUGUCUACCUUAUUAAUUUACACUUUGUCACUCCUGGUGGACUGUGACAUCACAGACUGUGACUAGUCAGGCCCAUUGUCUACCUUAUUAAUUUACGCUUUGUCACUCCUGGUGGACUGUGACAUCACAGACUGUGACUAGUUAGGCCGACUGUCUACCUUAUUAAUUUACACUUUGUCACUCCUGCUGGACUGUGACAUCACAGACUGUGACUAGUCAGGCCAACUGUCUGCCAUAGUAAAUUACACUUUGUCACUCCUGGUGGACUGUGACAUCACAGACUGUGACUAGUUAGGCCAACUGUCUACCUUAUUAAUUUACACUUUGUCACUCCUGGUGGACUGUGACAUCACAGACAGUGACUAGUCAGGCCAACUGUCUACCAUAGUAAAUUAC